AUGUCAUCAAAUGAAAGAAAAUGUCUUAAUGAAGACGAAUCAAAGAAAUCUCAGACAUUUCCCGGACUAAAAUAUCUUCAAAUGAAUUGCAUGGAUGAACACAAACAACAACUUCUCUUAAAAUAUUGUAAUUGUAUGUGGAUUUGUUGUUUCCUAUUGAAUUUUCUAAUUGAAGGAAAUUUCACAAAUUGUGGCUUUAAAAACUUUAAAUGCUUGAAUCGCUACAAUUCUAAUUUGAAUUCUGGUGGAUUUCUUCAUGAUCUUUUUGAAACUGCAAGUGAAGAGUCAUGUCUGCCAGAAUGUAAUCAUGUUAAAUACGCAAUUGAAGUUGAAACGAACAUUUUAGCUGAGAGUAAUAUUACAACUUUGGAUUUUAAUUACCACUCGGCAAGUCUGGUAAGAUAUCGAACUGAUAUGACAUUUGGAUGGUUGGAUCUCUUGGUGUCGUUUGGAGGGACUGCAUGCUUAUUUCUUGGAUGUUCCGUUCUUAGCGGAGUUGAACUUAUUUAUCAUUGCAUCAAAAGUAUUUUAAUGUUGUUAACUCAACUUCUAAAGAAACUCAAAGAACUAUUUCAUAGUCAAUUGAAUUCAGGUCAAGUAAAUGUCAUCAUGAUCAAAGAGUUUCAAAAAAGUAACAAUCAAGCCACAAAUAUAUAA